AUGCCUUUGAAAGACGGAUCGGCAGGCGCAAUCAAUGCGUUAUUGAAAACUGAAUCAACAGCGCUUCCUACUGCUGCUGAUAUCUCCCCCACAACAUUUUCACACUCCACCCGCAAAACCACCUCAUAUCCCGCUCCUUAUGCCACUCAUGUUUUUGUAGCUCCUCCACCAGUUACUUUUUCUCGACCCUCUAGCGAGACUGUGUUCAAAGUUCCCGAUGCCCAACACUAUGCCCCAGAACCAACUUUCAUAGUCUCGGAUCCAUACUCUUACGCUCCUAAUUUUGAGCCUCCUGGUGAAACUGAAAAGCCUGCUAAGACGGAUCCAGUGGGCAUUCCUGGUAAACGCUUUCAAUCUCAAUACCGACCCCAUGAAUAUCCUCGUACUCCAGAUAAUCCUUCUCAGUGUUAUUUUCCUCCACAAAAUCCCCAAGGUCAUACCUCACCUUCCCAGUACUCUAUCCACAAUGCACCGCCAUAUGCUCCACACCCACGAGACCCGCAAUGGCCUGCACCACCUCCACAAAUAUCUUACCCGCCUCCUCAAGCAUGUCAACCACCUACCCGCAAGAGGUUCCAACCGAGGCCAGAGUACAAAAUGAAAAGGCAGCAGCAAAGAGAAAAGUCUUUCACUCAUCUUGGAGAUUCAUAUGCUAGUGACAUUACCGUGCAAAAUCCAGAUGCAGCGGAUACUAGCCAAAGACCAUUGCCCGUUCAUAAUGAUACGCAUAUGGUGGGCAUGAUUUGUGUUGAAAAGGAAUAUGAAAACUCUUAUGAGUUUCUUGGAAGGCCACUUGCUGCAAAGUUUUCAGCGCUAUCAGUCUCGAUAAAGGGUAUUGGGUUUGAAUGGAUCAGAGGUGUUUUCUGUGAGCAGGGUGACAGAGGAAGUGGGACGGAGACGGUGUCCAAAUCAAAUCUUGGAAGCUUGAACCUCUCAAGUGUCAUGCCCAAUUUUGUUAGCACAAAGGCUGUUUGA